CACCACCAUUGUACAUCUCCAAUUUGAUUCAUAUGAUAAAAAUGGAGAGAGUAAUUCAUAAAGAUGAAAGCGUCCUUGACAUUGGUUCAUAUAUAGCAUUGACAAUUCCACUUUUUUCUAGUGCCUAAUUGCUCUUCACAUGCUCACAUUUAAGAGUCCACAAUCCAUUUAACUCCCUCAUUCUCUACCCAUAUUUAUAAGCCAAUCCAUUGACAAUCUCACACACAACACACUCAGACUCACUCACUCACUCACUCUCUCUUCCCAUCCUGAAAACGCCAUGAGAAAAAGACGAAAAAGAACCCACAAGACCCACACCCAUUUCUGCUAAACAAAAUAGAACAGAUAGGAAUUGGAGAAAGAGUAGCAGCUGUACUAGAUAAAGAAAAACCAAGUUCAUUACAAGGACAGACAAAAGCCCCCACCAUCACUCUCUUACUGCAGCAGAACAACAACAACAACAAGUUCAGAGGAAAAAGCUGAGAAAGCAAACAUGUGCUACGUGGGGAAAGCUACAAAGAUCUUCAUCUUCAUUGUCACCGUGCUCGUUGUUUUCGGUCUCCUCUUGGGAUUUGGGAUCCUGCAUCGCCGCCACCAUAACAACAACACCGCCAAAUGCUCCGACGGCUCUUGCAGCUCUUCUUCUCCGGCAACCUUGAUCCCAACCCCAGAUUUCAACCCACCGAGCUCCCCUUUUCUCCCUGACAACCCAACCCCUCCGCCGCCGCCAGCUCCUCCCACCGCCGCCACCACCCCACCGGUGGAAAAUCCAAACCCUCCCCCUCCUCCUCCGACUCCGGCUCAGUCCGACCCAUCUCCGCCGCCGCCUUCACCGCCGUCACCAUCUCUGCUGCCGUCUCCUCCGCCUCCACCGCCGGACACUGCCGCUCCGAAUCCUCCGAGCGUGGCGGCACCGCCUACGAGAACACCGACACCAGGUUCGAAUCUAGUGACUCCAGGUCCUGUACAUGCUAUUGCUUAAUUAGCUAGGUGAGCUGCAUUUUGCAGCGGUUGAUCGGUGACGGUAAUUGAAGACUCUAUAAUUUUCUUGAUGCCAUUUUUGUUGAUUUGGGGAGGAAAAAAAAGAGUAAAAAUUGAAAAGUGGAUCUGAGUGUUUCUAUUUUUUUCACAUUUUUUUUACUGAGUGUGAUGGGGAAAAGCAUCUUUGUAAGCUGGUCUAGUAAAUUUACAGAGCAGUCCUUGGUAUCUAUAUUGAUUUUCAAUCAUCCCCUUUUUCUUC